GCCGACCCCAGAAAGCACAGGUCCUUCGGCUUCGUCACCUUCCUGGAGAGGGAGACGCCGCGCGGCCAUGGACAACAUGGACGGACGCCGAGCCGGCCGAGUCCUCACCGUCAACUACGCCCUCCCCGAGAGGAUCAAGGGAGGGGAGCAGGGCUGGGCCGCCCAGCCGAUUUGGGCAGAUGCAGACACCUGGUUCGAGAGGCAGCAGCAAGAAGAGGAGAUGAAGCGUCUCCAGGCGGAAAAUCAAGCUGCCUUGAAAGAAGCAGAAGAGCUUCAUCGGAAGAAACUAGCUGAGGAUCGCGAAGGAGAGAAGGAUGAAGAAGAUACAGCCCAGCCCAACAACGGUCCUGAUCCUAUGGCUACUGCUGAAGCUGAAGCUGAAGCUUAACCCUUGAUGAGACAGAAUUCUUAGUCUGAAGCUAAGUCUCCUUGAUACAGAUGCCUAGGUUACCAUUAUUGAACGAAGUUGGGGGAAACAGUAGUUGUGUACAUGUAAUGGCUUCUAAAUAUUCCGCCUGUAUUUUUGUAGAACAUGACUUGAAGUUUACUGGUUAGUAUUUCCUUUGUAACUGGGAUGGGAUUGGCAAUGGCUUGAUGAAAAUUCCUAGUCAUUAAAUUUCUUGGGGGGAUUCUUCCUCAAGUUGUUUGAUGCCAUCCUUCAGAAUGUGAGGCAUUUUAUUUUGAUA